UAGAAUGCUUGCUUUUUAUGAAUUCACUUAUAAGCCUUUGCAUUUAUUUUACAUACCUCCUUAAAUCUAGAAUUUAAGAAUGAAAAAAUUGAUAUUAAAAGAUUGCGCAAUUACAAAAGAAGGUCUAUUCGACUCAUUAAUCAAAUUAACAAAGAAUUAUGGCCUAUCAUUAAACAAAGGAAGAACAGUUUGGAAUGGUUUGGCUUAAUCUAAAAAUUUUUCUAGAAAUGGCAAGUUACAAUUAAUUUAGACUAAUCUUUAUAAUGAACCCAUCAUUAAAUUUAUUUUUGCGAGAAAAACAUGCAGAGGGUGUAACUCUUUGAGUAUCUUCAAAACUCAACAUCAACUCAAUUGGGGAAUUAGGGAAACUAGCCUACUGAGCUGUGUAUUUGAAUUUUAAUGGAAUAAUAGAAAUGAAAUGGCCUUGUUUUAAAGAUAUUAUCCAUUAGAAUAACAAAUUUACACAAAGGUGAAAUAGUUUGUGAAAUUGCCCAUAAAAUAUCCUUCGUUUGUUAUCCAUUUACGUGUUUUCCAUGGAAAAUAAUUAUUUUAAUAUUUAUUAAUUGAUCAAUUUAUAAUCACUAUUAUAAUGUAAUAAUUAAGUAAAGAGCUGAAUGCUUUGAUAAGUAAGGCCAUUCAAUUCAACACUAAGUUAGAUCCUUUUACAACAAAUGAACUCUUUCUAAAGUGGAAAAGCAUUAGCAAUGGUGAGAUUGAUAACAUAAACUAAUUUAUAAAUAUCGGAAUUGAUAUAGUGAAAUUGUAAAAUAGGUACUCCAGAAACAUAAAAAAAUCUUAUUCUUUGCUAAAUGAAUACAUAUAAAAGUAUUCAAAAGAUCUUCAGAAUCCAACUUGUGGGAAUUACUUAAGUUUAGCAAGGACAACUCAUCUUAAUGAUCAAUUGAGUCUCUAACUCAUUUAUAAUCAAAUAAAGGUUGAUUCUGGAGUAGAAUUCUCUAUUUUAAAAUAUUGUGCUGAUUUACAAUGUAAUGACAUGGAACUUGUAUCCUAAUUAAUUGAUAAUUUGCAUUAUAAAGUAGAUGCUUAGUUAUUGAAUCAAUACCUGUAUUGUUUGUUUGUGCUAUUCCCUCAUGAUCAAAGUUCAUUAUUAAUCAAUUUGAUUAAGGACAAGAAUGUGUCAGAAAUAACUCCAUCUAAUUUCUUGUUAAUGUCUGAGCUAUACCAAAAUAAGAAUAUUCCCAUCCCUGAGAGUUGGAAGAUAGGAGAUUAAGAUUCUAUAUUAUAAAAGAAUAAGCAAUCACAUUUGCAGAAGGAAGUAUAGUUGUUGUUGAAUGUGGUUAAUUUGCCUUUUGAACAGGAGAAAUUGAUUGAUGACCUCUAUUAAAUAGAUUUUUUCUUGCCGCAAUAUAAUCAGAUCUUAGAAGUAAAUGGACCUCAGCACUAUGUAUUUGAUAUAGAAUAAAAUAAUUGUACUAAAAUUAAAUAUGCUAUUAGCAAAGAUAUUUACUGGAAAACACUAUUAUAAAUAAAUGUGUCUGUCAGCCUUGGGAUAUGAUGUGAGAAAUUUGUGUUUCUUAGAUUUUUACAAGGCAAGGGGAGUGACAGCCAAAUUAAUAUACUUGAAGUCUAUAUUAGAGUGA